UAAAAAAUCUCACAUCCCCUCACUCUCUCAACUCUAAUGGAACCCAAUGAUACCAGACUGACGUCUUACUUCCACCACCACCAGCAACAGCCACAGCCGCCGCCUCCUCCACCACCGCAGCCUCAACCCCACCACCAAACUCAAAACCCUGUCGCCGCCACUGCUGCUUCCCCCUCCAACGGCCUUCUUCCACCCUCCGAAAGGCCCCCUCUGGGGUACCAUCACUCGGUGCCUUCGGCGGUUACGUCCCCGCCGGAGACCGUGAGGAGGAAGAGGGGGAGGCCUAGAAAGUAUGGAACUUCAGAACAGGGUCUGAGUGCGAAGAAAUCGCCUUCGUCAUCGGUGCCAGUGCCGAAGAAGAAAGAGCAGGGCUUGGGAGGGUCUUCCAAGAAGUCCCAGUUGGUUUCUUUAGGCAAUGCAGGGCAGAGUUUUACACCACAUGUUAUUACUGUGGCAUCCGGAGAGGAUGUUGCCCAGAAAAUUAUGUUAUUCAUGCAACAAAGCAAGCGCGAAAUAUGUAUUAUGUCUGCAUCUGGCUCGAUAUCUAAUGCAUCUCUUCGCCAGCCAGCCACAUCAGGAGGCAAUGUUGCAUAUGAGGGACGGUUUGAAAUCCUUUCACUCACCGGAUCUUAUGUCCGUACUGAGAUUGGAGGAAGAACUGGUGGGCUGAGUGUAUGUCUGUCUAAUACAGAUGGCGAAAUUAUUGGUGGUGGCGUUGGUGGACCCCUAAAGGCGGCAGGCCCAGUUCAGGUUAUCGUUGGCACCUUUCUAGUUGACUCCAAGAAAGAUAGCAGUACCGGUUUAAAAGUUGAUGCUUCUCCCAAGUUUGCAUCACCAGUUGGUGGGGCAUCUGUAUCAAAUGUAGGGUUUCGAUCUGCAGUUGAAUCUUCUGGAAGGAUCCCAGUCAUGGGGAACGAUGAUCAUCAAGGCAUCGGUGGAAGUCAUUUCAUGAUUCAGUCUCGGGGUAUGCAAAUGGCACCUACACGGCCCACUGACUGGAGGAGUGGCCCUGAUGCUAGAAUCAAUGCUGGCUAUGAUUUGGCAGGAAGAGGAGGACGUGGAGCAUGCCAAUCUCCAGAAAAUGGGGACUAUGAGCAGAUUCCUGAUUAGAUGUAGAUUUCAAGGUGGCUGUUCUUUUUGGGUAGAUAUCACAGUUUCUUCUGAGUGAGCGCAUAGAUGUAGUAGCUCCUUUGCACCCCUGUCCGGAGUGUAACAUGACAUAAAAUCUGUACAGGAUACGAGCACUAUUUACUCGUUUUGGCAGCAGAUACUAUUGAAAUUAUGGGUUAUGCAUUAACUUAAUGGCUUCAAUGACUUCUAUGGCUUCUAAA